AUGUCGGCUGCAAUUGGCAAACCGCAACGUCCCGUCUCACGAGCAGACUUUCCGCUUGCUAUUAUCUGCGCCCUCUCCCUCGAAUCUGAUGCGAUAGAAGCCCUAUUUGAUGAACACUGGGACUGUCAUGUCUACAGCAAAGCCCCUGGCGACCCCAAUUCCUACUCGACAGGGCGCAUUGGCCAUCAUAAUGUCGUACUCGCCUACAUGCCCGAAGCAGGAAAGGCCAACGGAGCUUCUGUCGCGACCCAUUGUCGCGUGAGCUUCCCCCAUGUCAAAUUGGCCAUCGUGGUUGGAAUCUGUGGAGUAAUCCCCUUCACCACCGGGCCUCGAGAUGCACACCAUGAAAUCAUUCUAGGAGAUGUGAUUGUCAGCCAAAGCGUUGUCCAAUACGACUUGGGACGACAACACCCUGGUAGCUUUGAGUUCAAAAACACCAAUGAAGAGGCUCUUGGGAGACCAAACGUUGAGGUUCGCUCCCUGCUAUCGAAGCUGAAGGGCCUCCGAGCACGAAGAGCAUUUGAGUCCGACAUGAGGAGUUUCCUCACACUCCUGCAGCAAGAUCUAGAGCUGGCAGCGCAUUACCCCGAACCCGGGACAGAUCGCUUGUACGAGGCAACCUAUCGUCAUGUCGACAAAGACAUGUCGUGUGUCAAGUGCGGUUGCAACGGAAAGCUUGUGCCGCGGGAGCGGCUAAGACAGGACGUGCCAGAGCCUAAAGUACAUUUUGGAAGGAUUGCCUCCGGCGAUACUGUCAUGAAGUCUGGUGAGGAUCGCGACGAUAUCGCAAGAAAGCUUGGUGUCAUUGCGUUCGAGAUGGAGAGUGCUGGCGUUUGGGACAGCCUACCAUGUUUAGUUAUCAAGGGCGCGUGUGAUUAUGCCGACAGCCAUAAGGCUAAAGCUACCCAGAACUACGCUGCAGCGACUGCCGCUGCUUGUACUAAAGCUAUACUGCGCCAGUGGGUGGUUCCAACCAGUCAUGAUUCAGCAGGGAAGAUAAACAUAUCGCGUUUCUUGGUCCCUUUCCCGCCAAAUAGAGACUUUGUUGGCCGAGAGAACAUUCUCGCGAGCCUCCGUCAAGAAUUAUGCUUCGAAAAUUCUGAUGAGGUCGCAGCUCUCUUUGGUUUAGGAGGGGCAGGAAAAACACAGAUCGCCCUGGCAUACGCGCACGAGACACAUGCUCAAAAUCCAGAUUUGUCAGUCUUUUGGGUUUAUGCAAGUAAUGAAGAGCGCAUGAAGCAGUCAUAUGCCAUGAUCAUGCAACAAUUCGAGAUCCCUCGCGGUGGUGGCUUGAGUGAUCUUGAAUUGGUGAAGCAAUGGUUAGAAGCCGAGCAUCAAAAACCGUGGCUCAUGAUUGUCGACAAUGCCGAUGAUAUGAACCUUUUCUAUGGUGCUGGUGGUCUGAGUCGGUAUCUCCCAACUUGCCCUCAAGGUAAGCUACUCGUCACGACAAGAAAUCGGCAGGUAGCUGUCCGAGUUACUAAAGGCCGGUGCUUCAUCGAGAUUCCGCGCAUGACCGAGAGCGAAGCACAUGAACUCCUUGGUGGGCAUCUAGGGUUCUUGAGGCCCCACGUUAAUGAUCUAUCCACAUUGGCGUCGAAGCUAGAAUAUCUUCCUUUGAUACUUGUGCAAGCCGCUUCAUUCAUUAAAGAGAACGAUAUCUCUAUCAGCGAGUACCUGAGCCUUCUAGAGACAGAUAAGAACAUGAUAGAACUUCUCGAUGAGGACUUCGAGACAGAUGGCAGGUAUCCAGACUCACUUCGAACUGUUACCAAAACUUGGGCAAUUUCAUUUCAACAAAUCAGACGCCAGAAUAAAUUAGCAAGCGACUUACUAUCAAUCAUGUCUAUGUUCGAUCAUCAGCAUAUACCCGAGGACUUCUUGGUCAGUUAUGUAUCGCUCUUUUAUGGCCAGGAAAAGACUUUGGAGCGUCUUAGGGCUAUUGGGCUUCUCAAAGCCUUCUCCUUCGUGUCGAGUGGAGAAGACAACAGCAUUGCUAUGCAUCGACUGAUACAGCUCGUGAUGCGUGAAUGGCUCAUCAGAGAAGACACAAUAGAACACUUCCUGUGCAUGGCCGUCCUUGCAAUAGACGGGUCAUCUUUUCUUAAGACCAACGGCCACUCGUACACAUCAACACGAGUUUCCAGUCAUGCCUAUCACAUGCUUACCCCCUUUCGCAUAUUUCAGAAUGCUUUUGGUGCAAAUAUGUGGAGUCGUACGAAUACCCUCGACAUCUUCAAGUAUGCUUUUCGUGCCAUCUAUCGGGAUUUGAUCUUUCUCCUCACAUGCAAUGAUCUAGAAGAGAAGGCACUGGAUAAAAGGUUAGAUCUGAAAAAGGAGAGGCUUGAUACAGUCGCUAGUGCUGCGGUAUUUGAAAGCGACUAUCACGCAUUAUGGGAGAAACGAAGUUAUCUUAUACGAACGUUGAAAGUUAUUAGGGAGGAGGAACGAACUACCAUUAUACAAGAGUUGGAGACUGUUGUCCUUACAUGGCGAUUGUUGUCGCCUCCUGGCAUAAGCAAUACAUGGGAGAAAUGCAAAGCAGAUCUUCGGGGUCAUUAG